CUGGAAACUAUGGUUAAUUCUGAGAAGGGAGCCUUAGUGCUUGUGUGUCGCACCCCAUUCCGGGGGAUGGGGGGUCAGCCCAGAUUCAGCAGGGAAUCCUCCCUGGUAGCUGCUACGAAUCGAGGACAACCGUGAUAAAGGAAGACUGGGGAGAGAAGAGCUGAGCUGAGCCAAGAGGGGUGGGCGAAGAGGAAGACAAAGUCCCAAGAUGGGUAGGCGCAGGAUGUAAAGGCAAAAGUUCCAGUUGGUCCACAUGCUUAGGAAAAAAAAAAAAAUGGCAUUAUCUACACAUUGCCUAACAACUUGUGAGAAAAUUGACAACUAGACAAGUGUCACCCAGAGCCAUCUUCUCAGCAUGAUUCAGAUCUCUGCAGAUGCAGUGAGCUGGGCCCCAGGACGCCCCAGCCACCCUGACACACCACCCAACAUCUAUGAGGGAGGGCUGGGGGCCCAGCAGCAGCAGGGCCCCGGUGCCCAGGGAAGCAAGCCCAAGAACUUCCGAUUGCGUCACCUCCGGAGCCUGGCUCUCUACCUGCCAGGCCACAUGCAGCCUGCUGGUCAAUGUGGAAGCCACUGGCUAGGCCGGCUCAUGGCUGGGGGCAGCCUGCCGAGGCCUGAAGGCUCGGCCUGGCCCCUGGACCUGCCACAGGGGACCCUGGGUCCAGGUAACAGCCAUUGCUCAACCCUUCUGGAAGCCCAACUGCCCAGGGACAGCCUGGGAAAUACAGCUUCCAGUUCCAGCAUGGACCCAGCCAAGGGUGUCCCCUCCCAGUCUGGUCCCCCUGAGGGCUUGGGACUCAGGCCCAAGAGGUCCUGGAGAGCCUUGGAGGAGACCAUGUGUCCCUUGUGCAAGAGAACCCGCUCUGGGGCCUUGGAGAGGACAUAAGGAUCCAAAGUGCCAGGGCUGGGGACAGUAGGGGAAGAGUGGCCGAGGAGGAGGCCAGGUUUACUGAGAAGGGUUCAGUCCCAGCAGUAGCCCUUCCCACUGAGAUGGCCCCAUAGUUGCCCAGCACCAGACCUGGGCUAGUCUGGGGAAAAGGAUGAGGGAGGGAGGAGGAAGUCCCAUGGGAGGGACAGAAGAAAUGGAAGCAUACCCGUGCCCUUGCAGCCUGCCCAAACUCCGGUCAGCCACUUGUACCUGGGAGGCCAGGCCGAGCAGAGUCGGGUUCCUGAGAGGCCAGGGAGUCCUCAGGUCUAACCUCAGUAAAAGCCAAGGCCUACACACCUUCUUGUCUGUCUGUCAUCAAGUCAAUCCAGUCAAAACCACCCUGGAGCCAUUCAAGGGAGCUAUCCUGGGGGUACACAAGAGAGUCAUGAGCCAGGUCCAGGGAGGCUUUGUAGGGGAGCCCCUGAACAUGAUAGCUCUGGAAGGCAGGCAGGGUCUCAUUAUGCCUGAACACAGGGCAUGGCAUUCCUGGGACAAAGGGAUGAAAUGCGGGUUUGGUUUAGAGGGAACCAGGAGGGGUCCAACCAAGGUAGGCAUGUUGGCCUGGACCCCACACUGCUCCUAUCGAGGGAUUAGAUGACGUUAUGGCCCCACAGGAACCCAUCAGGAUGGCCACAGGCCUUCUUCCAUCUGUACUAGACUUCAGGUACCUGGGUGUUGACGACCUUGGGUAUUAUUAACAUUUGGGACUGGAUCAAGUCUUUGUUGUGGGCCCAUUCUGUGCCCUGGAAGAUGUUUUGUAGCCUCCCAAUAAUGCCAGCAGUACCCUCCUCCAGGCUGUGACCACAUAGAUUGUCUCCAGAGACUUACCCACUGUUUGGGAGCAGAGCCAUAGCCUCCGUCGACCAUGAGCCUGCAUGACUCUUGGAGUCUUAGAGGCUAUGAUGGAGAUGGGGGCAGAAGGGCUAGGGAAGAGAAAUACAGUUUCACACUCGGACCAGGUUCUAGCUCAAAGCUGAGAGCCAGGGUGCGGGUAUGAACUGAUGGGCAGCUGCUAAGGGCCUUUAACAAACAGCCCAGUUACUGCUUUCAGCAGUUGACACCCUCCCCAGGCUCACACUCCUCUGCAGGACAGUGGCCUGCAGGACUGAGGUACCAGGAAGCCUGCAGCAAGGGAGCUCCCAGCCCUCAGCCCUAGUCCAAAGCACCAAGUGUGAGAGCCAGCUACUAGUGACAGGAGGAGACGAGUGAAAUUAUUUAUUUGUUUGUAACGAGACUACACACUAGGAUGCGUUCAACACUGGGCUGGACACUGCAGUAAUUAGGGACAGGAGGGAGGAAAGACAGGUCGAGGACUUUGAGUUGGAUUUAAGAAUAUCCAAGUCAGAACCUUCUGGAAGACCAUACAGGGCAGAAAUGAAAAUCACAUGAUCACCACUGACUGAAAAGGGAGGGAACACAGGGCUGGGCCUCAGCACACAACAGAAACCAGUCAGGACACCAGCCACCUGCUGGCCAGUUCUGUUGAGGAAGGGGAAUGCUUUUCCUGCAUUGGCCUUCCUGCUUUGUGAGGACCCUUCCUUCUCUGAGGCCAAGCAGCCUUGGGCUGGCUCUAGGGCCUGACAGCCCUAAUCCAGGAGAUGCUGAGGGAGGGAAGCCUGUCAAUAGAGCUGUUCCUAAUCAGUCUGGCACAGUGAGGGGCUGUGAGGACGCCCUGCAAGGGCACCUGUGAUACUGCAGCAAUACUGGGCAGGACUCUGGGGACACAAGGGAGGGACGCUGCAGGUUCAGUUCACGGCACUGACAAGAGCCUCUGCCUCAGGGCUGCAGGUCCACAGGCGCCAACUGCCCUCUGCUCCCAGGGCCGAGUCUCAUGAGUCCACAGUAGCAGAGAUGCCCAAUGCAGAGCUCAGCAUCCCCCUGUCUGCAUUUGGCCAGUCCUUGAAGCUUCAGCUUCUAGAAGGAUGAUCAAGAGAGGAACCCAGAAGCCAACAGCUCCCAGUUCUUGGCCCAGCUCCCAGUGCAGGUCAGCUAUAUGGAACAUGCCGGUUUCGACAGGCAGGAUGAUCCUUCUGGACAACAGGAAACGGAGCAGGAGGCCUGAGGAACAAGGAACCGUCCAUCUAACUGUCUAUGGAGAGGGCUGACUCCUGAAGCUUACGUUCUUGUGAAGGGCCAGUCCCACUCUUUCUCCCCAGUCUCCAGCCUUUCGUGAAAAACUGCUCCCACUGUCUAAGCUGCUUUAGGGCAUUCCUAUAAAAAAAAACCCUGGCAUUCUCUUUGCUGUGCCUCUUU